AUGCCGAGGCCACUCCGAGAACUGUUGGAGCGAAAGCAGGCAAUAGAGGUUAUCCCUGGUGUACUGUACUUCACUUCAGUGAGUGAGCGACUGCAUGAUAUUGAAGCGGAACUUAAUAAUUCCCCCACCCCGCAGGAGGACACAUGUAAUGUCAACAGUGCGAUGAAGGCGCCUAAUUUUGGGGAUUUUGCAUUCGCGGCACCGCCUUCAUUGCAUUCGGAAAGUGUCCCCAGCGCGGCAAUUCAAGGGGCGAACGUGAUUGGGGAAGAUCUUCAAGUGAAAAUUCCUCACGGUUUCCGUGGCAGUGUCGCUAACAACGCCGCGUUUCAACGCCGCCUGCGUGAGCGCUUAGGUGAAGGCGGUGGCUGCUACGGGGUUCUGGAGGAUGACGCAUUUUAUUUCACCCUUGGAAACGGACCGAGAUUUCAGUACCAACCAUUUUUUGCUGAUUUCGGGCCCCUAGGACUCGACUGCGUUACUGCACUUUCGAGAUACUUGAAAUCGCUGUUGGAGUUGUGCGCUUCCUUCAGGUCCGACGACAGUGAUUCCAACCAAGAAAUGAAGGCUUCACAGAAUAAUGUAUUUGACUUUGUGCACUUCAAUACAAAUGAGUCGUUAAGCGGUGGCUUACUGUGGGGAGGUAUAAGCGAACACGUUAUUCCCGUCGUCUUCUGCAGUGGAUUAGGCAACCAUGAGCGAGCAAAUGCCGCGUGCCUCCUUGCUUGCUUUUGUGUGGCUGGACUGCGCUGGAGUGCGGCUGAGACGUGGCGCAUCUUUCAGGAGGCGUUUCCGCCGAUUAUAAGUUUCCGUGAUGCAAGCUAUGGCGUGUCAACCUUUCCGCUCUCCUUGUCGGACAUCCUUGGCGGGCUGCAGCGUGCCGUGGAACUCGGUUGGUAUGAUCCCAAUACUUUUGAUCUUCAGGAAUACGACAGGCUGCGCAUUUAUGACUGCUGUUGGAUUAUACCGAAAGCCUUGUUAACAUUUUCUUCACCAGUAAGCGGGGAUCCGAAUCGGGACCCCGUGAUGUAUGCAAAACUGUUUCAGGAACUGAGGGUGGCGGGUGUCGUGCGUCUUAACGAGCCCCUCUACGAUCGGCACGCGUUUCUUUCGCGCGGUAUUCAGCACGAGGAUUUGGAGUUCCCCGAUGGAACCGCUCCGAACGAUGCGAUCAUAAAUCGAUUUAUGGAGGUGGUUGAUCCCAUUCUAAGCGUCCAACCGCCGGCGACGCACUCAGAUGCGCGAAAGAGGGCAACAAAGGAGCGGGAAACGUCGGAUUCAGUGGACCUUCAUCCGAAGGGCAGAGAAGAUGUACGUUUUCGUGGGAGGCUGAAAAGCGACAGCCGCGGUGGUGCGGUCGCUGUGCACUGCCAUGCUGGUUUGGGUCGAACAGGAACCAUAGCAUGCACAUAUAUUAUUAGGCGUUAUGGCUUCACGGCCCGCGGUGCGGUCGGUUGGACAAGGUUGUGUCGUCCGGGGAGUGUAAUGGGCGCACAACACAUGUUUCUGGAGAAGUUCGAGCGGAGGCUAUUGCGUCCCGUUAAAUCGCUCGAUUUUCUCCAUGCUCAACGUCAUUUGCGAGUUGUAGGGUCGGGUGUGGUUAGCCAUCUUAGCGCUUACUCAUACCAAACUCACAAACUGAGGCACACAUCGUCCAUGAAUGAGUCUGUCACAUCCUUAUCGCUUUCGCUGUCAGGGCUCUCGGGGCACUCCACGCGCUCACCCUCUGGCCAAUGUGAGCCCCUUUCCCUCGCAACUCCCGCUCCAUCAGCGAACAUGAAUAGGGUGAAACGCCCUUCACGUGUCGUUAUUCGUGGUCGUAGCUCACAGUGUAGCACUUCGCAAGGGUCCCAUGUGAAUAACAACCGCCGCUCUCCCGUUGCCGAAGCUCUAAGAGCAAACCCCAUUGCAGCAUUACGAACGCUGGUGACAAAUAGCGGCAGAAGUCACAACUCCACAGACUUAGAUAGAGAAGAAGUGCGCCGUCUUCCCGACGGCGGUUGUGGUGAUUCUCUGGGGACAACUACUGUAUCCGGUGUGCCGCUGCAUUCAUCACUUCAAAGUCGGCGUCCUCGUGGAAGAACCUCGUGUGUAACCCCACCGCGGGUACAAGCACUUGUAAAUGAGUCGCGUCGUCACUUGAAUGCGCGACUCAGUGUAUUAUCCGUUGGAAAUGAGGGGAAAGGUACGAGCCCGGACGAAAGAUAUGAUUUGGCUCCGGAAGUGAAGUGUUGUCUCCCAACCGCCGUCGGCCCCAAGGGUGAAAACCUCCUCGCAGUAAACGCCACUGCACUCGGGUUCUUCGCUGCAACAGGAUGUACAAACGGAGGUGCGAACCCCUUCACACCACGUGUGUGUCACACAUCCCCACGCGAGGCACGGGCUCUCCCUUCCGCUCAGUUUCAAAAAGGGGCAGCAGACCCCGGCUGGGGAGGGCGGGUUGUAUUCCUCCAACCUUAA